AUGGCUGUAGAUAUGGGUUAUAACGGUACGGUACUGGUCGUGGAGGAGGAGGGCGACGAGGCCGUUGAGAUACCGCUGGAGGAAGACGGUACGCUACUGCUAUCGACUUUACAGGCCCAGUUCUACGGUGCGUGCGGUCUGAAGUACCGUAAUCCGGAUAAUAAAGCGAUACGGGGUGUGCGACUGAGCGACAACAAGCUGCACCCGUUCUCGCCCGAUUCCGGCUGGGGUAACCAUGUGUACAUAUGUGUGUUUCCGAAGGAAAACAAACGCAAGAGCGACGACAAGCUGGAAAACUCGACACCGAAGACGAAGCGGAUCGAAAGCCGGAACCGCACGACGACCGAUUUGAUCGUGCUCGGUUUGCCGUGGAAGACGACGGAGGAGAGCCUGCGCGAGUAUUUCGAGACGUUCGGAGAUCUGCUGGUGGUGCAGAUUAAGAAGGACUCCAAGACGGGCCAGUCGAAGGGAUACGGUUUUAUCCGGUUCGCCCGGUUCGAGAGCCAGAUGAAGGCACUGUCGAAGCGGCACCUGAUCGACAGUCGCUGGUGUGACGUGAAGGUGCCUAGUAGCAAAGAUCAGACGCAGCACCAGAUGCCGAGCAAGAUAUUUUUAGGGCGCCUGACGGAGGACAUCAAUUCGGACGAUAUCCGCGACUACUUCAGCAAAUACGGAGAGGUGACGGACGUGUUCAUACCGAAACCCUUCCGGGCGUUCGCUUUCGUCACGUUCAUCGACCCGCACGUUGCGCAGAGUCUGUGCGGCGAGGAUCAUCUGAUCAAGGGCACCUCGGUGUAUGUGUCGACGGCGUCGCCCCGGCCGGAACACGGUCGACAUCACGGCAAAGGCCAGAUGGGAGGAAAUUUUUCCAACUACGAUGAGCGUGGCCGAGGUGGUGGUGGCGUCGGGGGUGGCGGUGGCGGUAACGAGUAUCACCGGGGUGGUGGAGGCGGUCAUGCCGUUGGGCCACACGUACCGGCACCGAACAACAACUAUCAUCAUGGCAGCGGAGGAGGUAGUGAGGGUGGCGGACCCGGUGGGUACAACAAUCUGCAAUCGGGAAGCGGUGGUAACCAACAGCCUAUCUGGAAUUACAACGAGUACACGGCACAGAACAGGCAAAAUAGUAGCAACAUUGAAUCGAUGCCGAACCUACAGGCUCUCGGUAUCAACUCGAGCGGUCCGAACGGGCAGCAGCGAGGUGGGGCCGUAGGUGGAGGUCUACACAGCGGGCACCAUGCGGGGAUGGGCAACCAUCUGAGCGGCAGUGGUGGUGCUGGUGGAUCCGCUCCCGGUGGACCGGGCAACAAUGGGGCGGGUGUGAUUGGCGCCCACGGUGGACCAGCGGCGGGCAAUAUGAAUCUCUACCAGAUGCCAAUCAAUCCUGCAAUAAUAGCGGCCGCAUUAAGCCAGUGGAGCUUAAUCGGUAACCAGAUGCACAACACGGCCCAGGGAGCGGGUGGCCCCGGUGGGCCCGGCGGACCAGGAGCUCCCGGUCAGGCGAACGCGAACGUACCGGGUGGACCCGCGGGCGGACCACCGGGAGGACCAGGUGGUGCGGCCGGUCCAGGACCGGGUGGGUCCGAACAGGAGUACCUCCCUUGGAACGGUACCGGCAAUGGGGCACCGGGGGCCGGUGGACCGGCUGGACGGGUAGACCCAAACCGUCAGUGA